UCACAGCAGAAGCCAUGCAGACUAUCACUACUGCUCCGGAUGCUUCAGGGCCUGAAACCAAAGUCCAGGAGGAAGAGCAUGACCUUGUUGAUGAUGACAUCACCACUGGUUGCUUAUCAAGUGUUCCGCAGAUGAAAAAAAUUUCCACGUCUUAUGAGGAAAGACGGAAGCAAGCUACUGCUAUUGUUUUACUUGGAGUGAUCGGAGCUGAAUUUGGUGCCGAAAUUGAACCUCCUAAACUAUUGACCAGACCUCGAAGCUCUAGUCAAAUUCCUGAGGGAUUUGGCUUGACUAGCGGUGGAUCCAACUACUCACUGGCCAGACAUACUU